AUGGGGAUAAAUGUUGAACUUAAUGGUCUUGUAUCCGUUGGGAAAAAAUCUUGGGGCAUUGUAGGAUUUAAUGUCCUUCUGCACGUUGGUCCGUCCAUUACGCUUUUGCUUGUCUCUCAGAUAUUGCCAACGCUCCAAGGGUAUGCCCAGCAAGGUAUGGGAAAUGUAAAUCAGACAAUGCCGUACUCAAGGAACACGGCCCAAGCAAGGUACAAGAAAGAUAAAGCAUACAUGCCUACAUCCAAAGGGUAUGGCCCAACAAGCUGGUCACUCAUGGCUCCCCCUUGUGGAAGCGGGAGGAGGUGGUCGAAGGCAGUAAAGAUGACCUUUUACUGCUUGUUCUUUCUCAUACCAAUGUCAUCAGCUGGAAAUAGAAACACUAACACCAUAUUUGUAUUUUCUGCUUUAGUCUUAGAAGAGUCAUUCACUUUUGUGGGUUAUGGUGUCUACAUGACUGCCAUGUACAAUAGCAGUAGCCCGGAUGGAGAUAUAAUCGACUGCGUAGACAUCUACAAGCAGCCAGCUUUUGAUCAUCCUUUGUUAAAAAAUCACACAAUUCAGAUGAGACCAAGUUCUUACCCAGAAGGGUUUUCAUUUGAUGAAAUCAACGACGUCUAUUCAAACUCCAAGCCCGAAUUUACUCAGCCGUGGCACUUGAAUGGAAGGUGCCCAGAAGGAACUAUUCCCAUAAGAAGAACUAAAGAAGAAGAUUUAUUAAGGGCAGGCUCUAUAGCAAAUUUUGGAAGGAAAAAAUACCAUACCAACCCUCAUACUCAGAGUAAUAUCGAUCCAAAUAUCCAUCAGCAUGCAACAUUUAGUGAGACUUGGGAUAAGUAUUAUGGAAUGACGGCAGACAUGAACCUGUGGAACCCCUAUACCCAGGAAGAAAAUGAGUUUAGCAACUUUCAAUUCUGGGUGAUGAAAGGUGAAUAUGGUCAAGAUCUUGAUUCCAUUGAAGCUGGCGCGGUGGUUUGCGAAGGUCUAUAUGGAGAUAAAAACACUAGACUCUUCGUAUAUUGGACUGAUGAUGCAUAUGAAAGCACAGGUUGCUCUAAUCUGUUGUGCCCUGGCUUUGUUCAAGUUGACAAACAGAUUGCGACGGGUGCAACUAUCACCCCUUAUUCCAAGUAUGGUGGUAACCAAUAUGCACUCAAGUUCUACGUUUGGAAGGACGUUAAUGGACGGGGAGACUGGUGGAUGAAUAUUAACAACAGAGCCUUUGGAUAUUGGCCAUCUUCCCUAUUCUCGAUCUUGUCUGAUAGUGCUUCAAAAGUUAGAUGGGGAGGAGAGAUCAUAAAUUAUAAUUCAGGAGGGCAGCACACCACAACACAAAUGGGCAGUGGCCAUUUCGCAGAAGAAGGGCCCGGCAAGGCUAGUUUCUUCAAAAAUCUCAAUGUCAUUGAUGGUAAACAAAUUCAAAGGGCUCCCCGGGACCCUGAGAUAUUCAUGACGAAACCCAAUUGCUAUAAUAUCAAAGAUUAUGGAGGCUUCUUUUAUUUUGGUGGUCCGGGUAGAAACCCCAAUUGUCCAUGAUCAUUGUUUCAAAAUAAAGAAGAAAGAGGGAAAUAUGAUAAGAGGGGCAUAAUUUUCUUCUCCUUUCCAUGUCACAACAAAUGUACC